UUUUGUCGUCGAGCGUCGGCGUGGUCGAGCGAUUUUCGCUGACUUGUGAAGUGCCAUUAUUCGCAUUCGUCCAUUGUGUGAUUUUCAAGUUAAACGACGAUUCGUACAAUGGCUGUGCCACCGGAUUCCUAUCAGAUCUCAGUGAACAUCAUAGAAGCUGUCAAAGAACACCCAGUACUUUAUUGUACUGAGGUGAAGGGUGAGCCGGUGAAGCUGCAGGAAUUCAAACAGCAAGUCUGGAAAUAUGUCUGUGACCAACUUGGACUGGACUCUACAUGGGUUAGACUAAAAUGGAAGAAUCUAAGGGAUACUUAUUCCCGCAUUUUGAAGUGCAAGAUUAAGGCAGACGAAGGUGUGAGAAGAAAAAGAUGGAUCUUUGAGGAUCUCUUGAGCUUCCUAAAAUUCCCAUGUGAAACAGAUUACGAGCCACAGUGUGUAGAACUGACCAAAGAAUACGUUGAACUGAUAAAUUCGAAAGAUUUGACUGCCGAAGGUUUGCUGGAGCAGUUAGAAGACCGAACUGAGGACUAUUCCGAAUUCCUGGAAGUUCUUGAAGAGACAUCAGCCGACCCAGUUAUACUAGAACCCGUUGAAGAGACAGUAGAGACAAUUGAAACAAUAGAAACAUUGGAAACAAUAGAAACAGCAGAAAUAUUGGACGACAGUAAUGAACAGACAGUCGCUCAAGAAGUGGUGAUUGUACAAGAGAUUCCUACGGAGGAUGUGAAUAAUAUUAAUCAAAAACGGUCAAAGAUUCGAAAGACAGGUACUAAACGAUUGAAAACCAGGAAUACUUCUCUAGUAUUACCUAGCUAUAGAAGAACAACAAGGUCUUCCUCGAAGAUCGAUAAUUUAAAUGUAAAUGAUAUUACAGCGAUUGAGUCUGUUUUUGAGAAAAGAACACCUAGCGUACCACGUGGCGUGUCACGUAACGUAUCACGUAGCUUACCACCUCUCCUAUCAUCUACCGUGCUGUCUACCGUAUCACCUAGCAUACCUCCUGGUAUAUCUCCUAGCGUACCAUCUAGCAUACCAUUUAACAUCGUAUCACCUGGCAUACCGUUUAUGACUGUGAAAGAAGCAAAAAAUAUGGAGAAAGAAAAUGGGAAGCAAAAAUUUUACUUAGCACCCGAAAGUAAGGGUAUAGAAUUAUUUUUUGACAGCAUGGCACAGGCAGUGAAAAAAUUACCAUCUAAAGCGCAAGCGGAUAUCAAGUUGAAUAUCUGCAAACUCGUCACAGAGGCGGAAAUAAAAUACUGUGGUCCAACUACAGUACAGAGCGCACAACAGUUCUUAACACCGCCCGGCAUGAUACCUAAGCUAAUUUUGAUUCCUUGUAAUAUGUUGGAUGAUCCAAAUGAUAAGAAUUGAUUUAGUUCAGAGAUCAAAGGCAAUGACGAUACGAAAAAGUACAAAGAAUUUCUCAACACUGCCACCACGAAGGAAAAAUUACUGAAAGCUCUAAAGCAAGAAUGGAAGUUGUUCAAACGUAUAUUGUCAUCUGAUAGACAAUAUUCUGAUUUUAGUGCAUUUUGGGAGGGACCUCAAAUAAUUCCUUCUCAGUGUGAUGUGCUUAUCAUCGGUGGUGGAGCAAUUGGUAGUUCGAUAGCAUAUUGGUUAAAACAGAAAAUGCAUAGAGAAGAAUUCAGUGUUGUCGUAGUUGAGAAAGAUCCUACGUAUGCCAAGGCUUCCACGACUCUUUCAGUGGGUGGCCUACGUCAACAGUUUUCUCUCGAAGAGAAUAUCCAUAUGUCAUUGUAUGGUGCGGAAUUUCUGCGAAAAAUUAAUGAGCAUUUGAAUAUUCCCGGAGAGCCGCCUAUCGACGUGAAUUUUCAUCCUUAUGGCUACUUGGUGCUGGCAACUGAGGAAGGUGCUGAAACUUUAGUACAGAACUCUAAGCUACAGAAUUCUUUAGGGGCAAAAAAUGUCAUUCUUACUAAAGAGAAGCUGAAGCAUAUGUUCCCUUGGAUAAAUACCGACGGGAUUGCGGCAGGUUGUCUUGGGUUAGAAAAAGAGGGAUGGUUUGAUCCAUGGUCUCUCUUAUGUGCUCUUAAGAAAAAAGCUAGUUAUUUAGGUGCUCAAUAUGUCAAUGCUGAAGUCAAAGCUUUUCAGUAUAAGGAGAAUUCAGGAGAAUAUAAUAAUGAGGAUAUGAAAUCUAUUGAAAAGUUAAAUAACGUAGUUGUAAAAACAGACGACGGUGAGAUUAGGACAAUACAAUUUUCUGUAGCUGUUAUUGCUGCGGGUGCGUUUAGUGGCGAUAUAGCUGAGCUGGCUGAUAUCGGAAUAGGCGAAAAACUAUUAUCUGUACAUUUACCAGUUGUACCCAGAAAGAGAUAUGUAUAUUGUUUCCAUUGUCCUGAUGGACCUGGCUUAAAUACGCCUUUAACAAUUGACCCCAGUGGUACAUAUUUUAGACGCGAUGGUUUAGGAGGUAGUUUUAUUGGUGGAAAAUCGCCAGAACCAGACGAGGAGCCAUCAAUUAACAACUUGGAUGUCGAUCAUGAAUUUUUCGACAAUAAAGUGUGGCCUUUACUUGCUCACAGAGUACCAGCAUUUGAAAAUUUAAAGGUGAAAUCUUCAUGGGCUGGAUAUUAUGAAUAUAAUACUUUCGAUGAAAAUGGUAUUAUUGGGCACCACCCUUACCAUCACAAUCUAUUCAUAGCAACUGGUUUUAGCGGACAUGGUAUCCAGAAGGCACCUGCAGUGGGGCGUGCAAUGUCAGAAUUGAUUUUGCAUCGUCGUUUUCUAACUAUAGAUUUGUCCAAAUUGUGUUUCGAAAGAUUCGUAACGUUAGAACCUAUGAAAGAGGUUAACGUUUUUUAA